AUGUCUCGACCUCAGAAUCCUAGACCAUCCCUUGCUGAAGAAGACCCUCAGUCUGAUAAUGACAUGCAGGUUGCCCUAAGUGGGCAGGAGGACAUAGAGGAGUAUGACACCUCAUCAAUCUCUACCUGCUCUUCCUCACCCUCCUCUCCUUCCUUGCCAUCCUCUUCUUUCUUUACUAUGAUAUCUAGUAAAUCGGUGAAGGGAAGUAUUGGUACUCCUAAAUCAAAUCAUAGUCCUCCCAGUGGUAACUUCUCACCCAGUUCCUUGCUCUCCAAACCACACAAUCAGUCUGUUCAGGGUUCCCCUAGGCAAAGUGAGAUGCAUCCAUUCAACUCAGAGGCUCUUCCAGAAAUUUCUCCCUGUCUUUGCAUUCAGAUAGAAGAAAAAGUAGAGGAGUUAGUGCAGUUCCUGCUGCAAAAGUAUAGAAUGAUGGAGCUGACCACCACUGAAGAAAUGCUGUACAGCGUUGUUAGAAAUGGCAUGGAUCACUACAAUCUCAUAUUCUCUACAGCAUGUCAGUACAUGCUGGUGAUAUUUGGCAUUGAAGUGAAAAAAGUAUACCCCUGCACCCACUCCUUUUAUCUUGUUCCUGUCCUGGGUGUCACCUAUGAUGGGCUGCAGGGUGACAACAAGGGCACGCCUAAGACGGGGCUCCUGAUGUGGGUCCUGACCAUAAUCUACAAGAAGGGCAGUCCCACCAGUGAAAAGGUGGUCUGGAAUGUGCUGAAUUCCAUAGAUGUGUUUGAUUCCUAUAGUUACUUAUACAAGCAUGCUUGGAAACUUAUCACUGAAGAUUUUGUGCAGGAAGGUUACCUCGUGUACCGUCGGGUGCCCCACAGUGUUCCUGCGCGCUUUGAGUUCCUGUGGGGGCCAAGGGCCCAUGCUGAAAUCAACACCACAGAAUUCCUGACACAUUUUAACUAUAUCUCCAAUAUUGAAGACAGUUGCUACCCAUGUGGUCAUCCAAGGCCGUGA